AUGAUGGCAACUGUAGAAACCGCUCUUGUGGAAAUAGUCCACCUGUCAUCGUCUGGUGCUCAGUUUGAUCUGGCCUCCACCAUCCGGGCCUUGCUUCGCCACCUUCCCCUCCAAGUUCAUCGGCGCCAUGUUAAAGGCCACUUGGACAAGCACCGGCCUUUCUCCCAACUGGACUGGUGGGAGCAGCGCAAUGUGGAAGUGGACUCCAAAGCACAGUCCUACUGCCGCCUGCUGGAGUCUACAGGCCGUUCUGCCGCCUCCAACCCCCGCUUCUUCCAUGAACCUGUGUCUUUAUUCAUUGAUGGUGUUAAGUCUUCCAAACUGGAUCAGGCUCACAUCAUGGAGCUGGUCUCUCUUCCUGCCCUUCGUACGUAUUGGUCCUCCAAGGACCGCCUCUCCAAGCAGUCCAUCCGGGAGGUCGAUUGGUUGUCUCUUGCACGCGCCAUGAAGGCCCUCCCAGCAAAUCUCCAACGCUGGACACCCAAGCAUAUCUCCGGUAUGACAGGUGUGGGAAAAUUCUUGGCCAUUUGGAACCGUUCGGCGAAGAGCUCCUGCCCCAGAUGCUCCUCCUGCCCCGUGGAAGAUCACCUCCAUGUCCCACGCUGUUCUGCUCCUACUGCAGCUGCAGAAUGGUCAAAACGCCAUCUGGCCUUCCGGACCUGGAUGCAGACUCAGCAGACUGCCCCAGAGAUCGAAGCCUUCCUCUUCGAAUACCUGAAGACAGUCCGUCAGCCUUCCUUGGGCGUCCCCACCGUCCGAGCCUGGUCCCGCCAUCCCCACCUCUUCCAAAGUGCCAUCUCUUCCCAAGCCACGCUUGGGGCCCAGGGCCUCCUUGAAGGCCUAGUGUCCCCCAACUGGCGACACCUGCAGGCCCUUCACUUCUCCUACAUUGGCUCCAAGAAGUCUGCCAACCUUUGGGCCUCCCGCCUGAUCCAGCAACUGAUCCGGAUCGGGCACUACAUGUGGAAAGACCAAAACCGGCUUGCCCACUCUGAAGACAGCUCCUGGUACACGGCUCGCAAGCGGGAGAUUGACAUCGGCAUCCGCGAACAGUUCGCCAUGGGCCUGAUGGAUAUCCCCCCACGCUCGCAGUACCUCUUUCGGGACUCCCGCAAAACUGUCCUCAACAAAUCACUCGAAGAUUGUCAACAUUGGCUGCGCCUUGUCUCCCGUGAGAGAGCGAUCAACCGUCGCUCUCUAGCCAGGCAACGCCAGAUGAUUUUUGACCUGGCGCGACCCGCCAACCCAACAUCGACCCGGCCACCCGGCGCAAGUCCAUAA